AUGACCAUCCGACAACCGCCAGACACACGUCGACGCACACACACAGGCGUCACUUCUUCUGCGCUAUCUGCAGCUGCCUCAACCACAAAAACUCGACGUUUCAGUCUCGACCAGACCAGUACAACGUCCGUUAUCUAUUGCGAAGGCUAUGCGCGCAUUAAGAGGCGUAACGUCUUGACGUGGAACACGCGUUUUCUGGUGUUGAGCAAUACAGAACUGCUUGUAUUUUCGAAUAAACAAGACGCCACUUGCCGUCGCAACGUCUUGGAGACGCUGAAGUUAGUCAGUGGUCGUGUGACGCCAAAGUACGAGCUAGGAAUCGAGUUUACCCUCACAGAUGGACGGGAACUUCUUGCUCGCGUGUUCAGCCGUGCGGAUCAGACACAAUGGGUUUCCGCAUUCUAUCAACUUGCAAUGCGUAGCGACGUGCGACGUAUGAAAAGCUCUUCUAUGGAUGCGCAAAGCGAUGUGAACGCGGUCGAGACACGUCGGGUCUCCUUUUUUGGCAGUGUACUGGUGCGCACUAUCCCAGCUGUACCAGACGAUCAAGUACCGGAGCUAUUUUACAGCAAAAAAGAUGUGGAAAGGUUCUCAGAACAGGCCUCGAGUCUAUUAGGUCGAACAGAGGAAGCUGUGUCGCUUGCCUUUCGAAAGCCGACGCUUCCGUGGCGCAGACAGGUCGUGUAG